ACUUUAUCAAUACAAUCCCCACAGUCAGCAAGGAGAGAACUCUAUGGGGGAUCACAGGCACCAGGCUGAUCUCUGCAACUGGCUGUAUCACUGAGGGGGCACACAGGGGGUACAUUAUUUGGCACACAAAUACAGGGGGUGCAUUACCUGGUACACACAGGAAGGUAAAAUACCUGGUGCACAAGGGGGGUACAAUAACUGUUACACAGGGGGGUACAGUAUCUGUUGCACACACAGGGGGUACAUUACUUGGCACCCAAAUACAGGGGUGCAUUACAUGGUACACACAGAAAGGUACAAUACCUGGUACACAAGGGGGGUACAAUAACUGUUACACAAGGGGGGUACAGUAUCUGGUACACACACAGGAGGGGUUACAAUACCUGUUACACAAGGGGGGUACAGUAUCUGGUACAAACAUAGGGGGUUACAAUACCUGUUAAACAAGGGGGGGUACAGUACCUGGUAGACACACAGAGAGGUACAAUACCUGUUACACACACAAGGGGUACAAUACCUGUUACACACAAGGGGUACAAUACCUGUUACACACACAAGGGGUACAAUACCUGUUACACACAAGGGGUACAAUACCUGUUACACACACAAGGGGUACAAUACCUGUUACACACAAGGGGUACAAUACCUGUUACACACACAAGGGGGUACAAUACCUGUUACACACAGGUAGUACAAUACCUGUUACACACAAGGGGGUACAAUACCUGUUACACACAAGGGGGUACAAUACCUGUUACACACAAGGGGGUACAAUACCUGUUACACACAAGGGGGUACAAUACCUGUUACACACAGGGGGUACAAUACCUGCUACACACAGGGGGUACAAUACCUGCUACACACAGGGGGGUACAAUAUCUGUUACACAGUGGCACACAGCGAGACCCAAACAUCAGUUACACACCCACAGCACAGCACACACUGUCACACAGUGGCACACACAGCACACACUGUCACACAGUGACACACACAGCACACACUGCCACACAGUGAGAACUGCAAACAGCAGUGACACACACAGCACAGUAAACACUGUCACACACUGACACACAGCACAGUACACACUGUCACACAGUGACACACACUGACACACAGCACAGCACACACUGUCACACAGUAGCACACACUGUCACACAGUGACACACAGUAGCACACACUGUCACACAGUGACACACACUGACACACAGCACAGUACACACUGUCACACAGUAGCACACACUGUCACACAGUGACACACAGUAGCACACACUGUCACACAGUGACACACACUGAAACACAGCACAGUACACACUGUCACACAGUAGCACACACUGUCACACAGCACAGCACACACUGUCACACAGUAGCACACACUGUCACACAGUGACACACACUGUCACACAGUGACACACACUGACACACAGCACAGUACACACUGUCACACAGUAGCACACACUGUCACACAGUGACACACACUGUCACACAGUGACACACACUGACACACAGCACAGUACACACUGUCACACAGUAGCACACGCUGUCACACAGUGACACACACUGACACACAGCACAGCACACACUGUCACACAGUAGCACACGCUGUCACACAGUGACACACACUGACACACAGCACAGCACACACUGUCACACAGUGACACACACUGACACACAGCACAGCACACACUGUCACACAGUGACACACAGUAGCACACACUGUCACACAGUGACACACACUGACACACAGCACAGUACACACUGUCACACAGUAGCACACGCUGUCACACAGUGACACACACUGACACACAGCACAGUACACACUGUCACACAGUAGCACACGCUGUCACACAGUGACACACACUGACACACAGCACAGCACACACUGUCACACAGUGACACACACUGACACACAGCACAGUACACACUGUCACACAGUAGCACACGCUGUCACACAGUGACACACAGCACAGCACACACUGUCACACAGUAGCACACGCUGUCACACAGUGACACACACUGACACACAGCACAGCACACACUGUCACACAGUGACACACACUGACACACAGCACAGUACACACUGUCACACAGUAGCACACGCUGUCACACAGUGACACACACUGACACACAGCACAGUACACACUGUCACACAGUAGCACACGCUGUCACACAGUGACACACACUGACACACAGCACAGCACACACUGUCACACAGUGACACACACUGACACACAGCACAGUACACGCUGUCACACAGUAGCACACGCUGUCACACAGUGACACACACUGACACACAGCACAGCACACACUGUCACACAGUGAGACCUGAAGGGAAGCUGAUUGAGAGUAAAAAGACAAACCCUCAGUGUGACACCUCAGUACCAAGGCCUGGCAGCAUUGUGUCACUGUAAGGGGGAGGCACAGACUGAGAGCUGACACACAAGUGAACAGACACUGCACUGCCAGCUGAGCUUCCUUCACACCCCAGAGCUUCGCAACCAUGUAUAGAGGCAGCCAGACAUACGUGGAAAGUGCCACAGUUAAACCAGAAGACAUUGGAGCAGACAGAGUUAUGACAGAUGACAUCUUUGAUGAGACGUACAAGGAAAAGCUUGGACCUAAACCCCCAAGACAAAUUGUCUGGAGAAAUGUGAUCCUGAUGUCGCUGCUACACUUUGGGGCAAUUUAUGGAAUCGUUUUUAUACCAUCUGCAAAGCCAAUGACCUUGAUUUGGUCUCUGCUUUGCUUCUUGAUGAGCGCCCUGGGGGUGACAGCGGGUGCGCACAGACUUUGGAGUCAUCGCUCAUAUAAGGCAAAACUCCCUCUCAGAAUAUUUUUGGCAGUUGCAAACUCCAUGGCAUUUCAGAACGAUAUUUACGAGUGGGCCCGUGACCACCGCGCACACCACAAAUACUCAGAAACAGAUGCAGAUCCCCAUAAUGCCGUAAGAGGUUUCUUCUUCUCACACAUUGGGUGGCUUCUGAUGCGUAAACAUCCUGAUGUAAUUGAGAAAGGCAAGAAGCUUGACUUGAGUGAUCUCGAAGCAGACAAAGUCAUCAUGUUCCAGAGAAGGCACUAUAAGAAGUCCAUACUUCUGAUGUGUUUCACUCUUCCCACUGUAAUUCCAUGGUACUUUUGGGGAGAAUCGCUCGCUACUGCCUUCUAUGUUCCUUGUAUCUUGCGAUACGCAUUGGUGCUGAAUGGUACAUGGUUGGUAAAUAGCGCAGCUCAUAUGUUUGGAAAUCGUCCAUACGAUGUACACAUCAGUCCAAGGGAGAACCGAUUUGUAACCCUAGGAGCAAUUGGUGAAGGCUUCCAUAACUACCACCACACGUUUCCAUACGACUACUCUGCCAGUGAGUUUGGAGUCCGUAACAAUUUCACCACGUGCUUUAUUGAUCUCAUGUGCAAGCUUGGCCUAGCCUCUGACUGCAAACGAGUAUCUAAAGAGAUCAUAGUAGCCCGCAAGCUGCGUACUGGGGACGGAAGCCACAGAAGUGGGUGAACAAAAGGCAUUGCAUUUUUUUAUUUUAACAAAAUAAAAACAAAAAGCUAGCAGGAGGCUAAAUAUGAUUACUUUAACAUGAUCCAGCAGUGUUCACUUAAUUAUGUACUUAAAGUAAUUAUAACUGCGCCCUAGGUUAUAUUGUGUGACUCAUAUCUUCUUACAUUUGCUUUCCCCAUUAUUAGUUUUCCAGAAAUGUUCAUAUUUCUUCUGUUUUCUCAGUGACAUUUUUACCGUCUUUGUUACUUAACCAACCGUUACUUCCUCAUGUGAAGUUACAAUAGUCUGUGUGCAGCCACAAGACCGCUGCUGACUGUAAGUUGUGUGUUACACACUGACCAGAUCUCUAGAUAACCUCAGAGGUUUUAUUCCUGACUGCUCUUAGGCUCUCUGCAAGGAGAAUGAAUUGCAGUAAGUGGACAAGUUUUAAGUGCCAUUUUAUCUGUUUGUACAUAGACAAGAUUUUUAUAGCAGUUUGAUUUCCUGUUAGUUGUAGAAACAAAUGUUUUUAAGCAGUUUCUUCACUAAAUCUCAGUUCUGAGACAUUGGGCCCUGAAAUGGGAAGAUUUUAUAAAAUGAAUGCCAUAGAUAUGACCUAUCGGAGUAGAUUACUUAGUACUGUAUGUUAUGUUCCAGACCAUCAUCUGUCUAAGAGGAAAUAUAUAGGCUCAUUUACGUUCUCCCCAAUAUACAGAGAAGCUGGAUAUCCUAUCUGUAAAUUCCUGUUGUCCCAUGGAAAUAAAUGUACCGAUUGCACACGUGUACAAGUAAUAUUUGCUUUCCAUUGGCUUCCAGAAUGGUCAGUUAAAGACUCCAGAGGUGCUGCUAAUAGAUAAAAGGAAAUUAUUUUAUGUUAAAAAGCCCCACAUUUGCUUAUAGUAUAAAAUGUUGUUGAAAUAAAUCUAGAUGAAACGUCAUUUGAGCAGGCACACAAGCAUAACACAGGUACAUAGAUAUUCUCAAAAGAAUCUUUGUGGAUUUGAAUACCAGUUUCUUGCCAUAAGGUCCAAAUGGCCUUUCUACUGAUUACCCAGCGACCGUACACAGUUCAGUUGUGUUCUGUGCCUAAAGGGUACAUGGCUUGCAGAAUAGUAGAAGGACAAAUAGCUGUUUAUUUUAAGGAGCUUGUAAUGUAUUUCUGGUGUCUGAAUUGUAUGUGUGUUGUGUAUUUAUAAUGUAGUGGGAUAAAGGCUUAGACAUAGUAUACUUACAAGAUAAAAUGGCACUCAAGAAAGUAAAAACUGAAGGUUAGUCAGUUCCAUUUUCAGUUAUAUUCUUUUAUAUGGGUUAAUUAUAAAAUGAGGUUGCUUUUGAUUCUCUGAUAAUUGGGAUAUAUAUAUAUAUACAGUAUAUAUAAAAUAAAACAUGAGAUGGAAAUUCAGAUACAGUAAAUUAACUUCACUUCUACUUCCUAUGAAUAAAUGACUUGUAUGUGUCCUGAUCUCUUCCAUAAAAAGCACUUUAUUAUUUCUGGUUGUGAAAACACAACAUUAUUUAUUGUAUAGCAUUAAAGCCUUUAAGGAAUGUAAAUAUGAAUUAAUUGUUCAUAAAAAAAAUUAACAUGGGCACCUUUACUUUAUAUCAAGAUCAUAUCUGGAAGGGUUAAAAAUAGUCUGUCCUUUAUUACGCUCGCUCUCACCACUGCCAUCUCACUUAGAAAACCUAUUUUUUAACAAGGUGACAUGUUAACCACUUAUCCAAUGUUUGUGUGAGCCGUACGGCAAGAAUCUGAUGAGUGGUGAAUACAUCACCACGUAAAAAAAAGUUAGUUUUUUUCUAAUUAAGAUGGCAGUGGUAGGAGGGAGUAUAAAGAAAUUACUAUUUUUAACCCUUACUGGUAUGAACUUGAUAUAAAGUAAAGGUGCCUAUAUCCAUUUUUUCAAACAGCAAAUUCAUAUUUACAUUCAGCAAAGGCUGUGUUUACCAUCACUUUAAAGAACACAAAGCACUUAAUUGUUAUAAUAAUGUACUUGUUUAUGAGUACCCAUCUGUUUCUGUUUAAUAAAUUUACAUUUUGGGCCUCAAUGUCAUAAUCAAUGGAACUUGUAUUUUUAAUUUGUUAUAUAUGGGUAAACUUUAAAGAUCAAUAUCCCUAGCAAUAUUUGAUUAUUGCAAAUCUGUUGAGCAAAGAAGCACCAGAAAUAAUCGUUAAAAAAAUAAGAUGUUUCAUAGGGUCUAAUUACUUUUUAUUUAUACUCCAUUUUGCUGUCUUUGUAGAGAUAUAGAUUAUUUAGAUUACAGUCUAUCCCUCUAUGAUACUGGUUUUCAAACCUGUCCUUAAACCUCAGUAAAAGGUCAGAUUUUGAGGAUAUCUGGAAUCAAGCACAGGUGAAACAAUCAGCUGAUUAGUAAACAUGGUUAUUUUACCUGCUCUCCCCCCAGGGUAAUCCUGAAAAUAUGGCUUGUUCGGGAAGCAUGAGGACAGAUUUGAAAACUAGUGCUCUAUGAUAUAGUUUUUGAAUUUUCUCCAAUGUACAUAAGCCACAUGGACAUAUGACAUGCAAGCAUUUAGAUGUACAUUAAGAGGAAUCAUUCUGUUUGGUUCAGAUUACAUAAAUAUAUGUUUAAAACUAUUUCAGCCAAUUACAGUGUUUUUUUAAGAAAUCCCAAAAUUCCAGAAUCUGAACCAAAGGUUUAUUUAAUAACACCUUUAACCUUAAAGAUAAUAUAAAGGGACAAAAGAAUAUCUGUAUUUAUUCAGUUUUCCUGAACACCAUGAAAAUAGAUAACAAUAAGAAACAAAAUAAAAAAAAAAAAAAAAAUAUAUAUAUAUAUAUAUAUAUAUAUAAAACCCCACGUACCAUAUUUCAUGUUAAACCCAUGGCACUACAUAAACUAUGAUUUUAUCCACCCUUUGCCUUCUUUUUUUUUUUUUUUUUGAAGUGCCUAAUGAUUUGUUAAUUAAUAAAUACAUCAUUAAACUAAAGGGAAAAUGUUUUAGCAGACGUUGCUAAUUAUGGGUGAGGCAAGAAAGCCUCUUCUAAAUAGAUUUUGUUUAAAAAAACAUAAAAAAUUUAAAGUAAUUACAUUUACUUGUAUUUUAUGAAACCGAUACCUUUUAACCUUAUACAGAGGUGCAGUAUAUAGGGUACUUUUUAUAAUACCAGGAGCAUGCUGGUGAAAUACAAUCCAUUGGUAAUAUUUAUUUUACCCAGUGUGCCCAACAAUGCUAGAGGCCACUCAAGGGCAUAUACAGUAUAUAUACAGUAUAUGCAAAGCAAAACUUGCAGGCUGACAGUUGUGGGAAUAAAACAAACAAAAUCAAUUAAUUACAUUUGAAAUAAAUAUUAAUUAUAGCUUUAUCCUACAGCGGUCAUGUCUGUUCUCUUUUAACAUUAUUUGUCAUUUUUUCCACUCCCUGACUGUACUGUGCAGCACUGGGCAAGUUUAAAUGAUGUUAUUAAUUGAUUAAUCCAGAAUUUCUCACUUCAAUUUGCACUUUCCAAAUCUGAAUAUUUUGUGACAAAUUGAGCUUAGUCUUCAAUUUAUUCUCAUGUGUAUGAAAAAAACCUAUGUUUCAUAUUAUGCACAAGCAGCAACAUUUCCCUGUAGUUAUAGUAUGGAAGUGUUAACCCCUUGGCUGUCAGGAAUCCAUUUUUUGGCAACCCAGGGUUUAAUAUGUAUAUAUAUUUUUAAUAAAAUAUUAUAAAAAAAAUUAAAAUGGCAAGUUAUGAAAAUUAUUUGUAAGUAUUUUGUCACAAGCUAAAUAAAUUAUCCCCCUUGUCAUUAAUAUUUAAUGCACAUGACCAUAUCCAUAUAUGAAUGUAAUCUGCCUGCAUGUACAUCUGGCCUGCGCUUGAUGUUUUUUUCUAGGGUAAAUUUAUUUGUCAUAGCAGCUUGUGACUAGUCAUGUGAUAUCACUGGCACUAGGCCAAGUGUAAAGCUUACUCCCUUAUUGAGGAUGUGGGCAUGUUGAACAGCUCUUGUUUAUUUUAGCGUAUUUAAAAAAAAUAUAAAGGUUUUUGUUGAACAAAUACUUUCAAAAAUAAUUAUAAAUAAUUUUCCUAAACUCUCAUUUUAUUUUUGUAACCUCUUUCAUGUGCAUUUCAUUUCAAGAUGAAAGUGGGGUUCUGUGUUACAUGUCAUUUAAAUACUAAACAUUCAUGAAAAUUACAAAAAAAAUAUGUAGAAAUGAACAAAAAGCACUUAAACAUAAAGCACUUGCUAAAUUUUUAUUAAGUAUAAACUCACUUGUUGAACCCUUAUUAAAUAAAAAUGCACUUAUUGAACUCUUAUUAAAUAUAAACUCACUUGUUGAACCCUUAUUAAAUAAAAAUGCACUUAUUGAACUCUUAUUAAGUAUAAACUCACUUGUUGAACCCUUAUUGAGUAUAAAUGCACUUAUUGAACUCUUAUUAAGUAUAAACUAAUAAAAUGUAAAAAUAUUGCAAAUUUAAAACAAUCUCUGGUCUGGGAGCAAUCUCAUUAUAUCCCAAAUACUGAUCUAAUGGCACACACAGCCUUCAUAGUGAUUUUAUAUCAGGGUCUGCUAGUUGAUUCCACACAGGAAAUUCUGCCAUGACAGCAAUAAAUAGGCUGUUAUAAUAUUGUAACCACCCAUUGAGGGAUUAAACCUUCUUUAACCCAUUCCCAACGUUAGGACGUUUCAUGCAGUCCUAACUGCGCUGGACUUUAGCACCGUUAGGACGACAUGGAACGUCCUAGCCAUUUGGCAGUGCUUAAGCCAACAGCACUUCCUGAAUGGGAUUGCGGCCUGGAAGGGGUGCCUAGCAUCAGAGGCACGCCCCCCUGAUCUGAUCAUAUUAUGGAAAUCUUGUGAUCACAUGAACAAUCACAUGAUUUCAAUUUGUUUACAUCAGAUUAUUGUUUCGAUGUAGACAAAUUAGGCCAGUCUUGAAAAGGUUAAAGACCCCCAGAAGAAUUUAAUAAUUGACAAAUACACAAUAAAAAGAUUCAAAAUUAAUCCAAACUGUCCCUCCCUUUUAUCAUGUAAUAGCCAUCAGCCAAUCACAAAUGACAUAUAUUGACAAACACUGUGCACUUUUGCACAUGCUCAGUAGGGGCUAGAGCCUCAGAAAGUGUUUAUAUAAAAAGAAUGUGCACAUUUUGAUAAUGGAAGUAUAUUGGGGAAAACAAUUAAAUUGCUGCUUUAUCUGAAUCAUGAAACUUCAAUUUUGACUUUAGUGGCCCUUUAAUCCUAACCCAUAAUCCCAGCUGUAGGUUUAGCUGUAAAAUGGCCUAAAAUGUCCAUAUUCGAGGCCUAACCUAGACCUAACCUUAACCAGACAAGGUUUCCAGACUCACCUAUUAUGGGGAAUGUUGACUUCAGCAUUCUCUGGAGAGGAGAUCUUAAUAUAGACGAGACCCCCACCCACAACAUUCUGGAUGCAAUAUUUUAGCCAAGUACCUUCAGGGGACAGCUGUCCCUAGCCAUUUCCAUAGCUAGUCUUCUCCUGGCAUGGAAAUAACUCAAAUAAGUGAAUAAAAGUAUUAGAUAUAAUUGAGAUUGGUGUGUGGUGAAUUUAUUAGAUUGUAGGGAAUUGUACAGUGGGGUGAGAUUACUGUGAUACAAAUUAGAUGUGUUGUGUGUGUUACAAGGGUUACAACAGCCAUACUAAUGUUUAGCUGGUUUUUCCAUAAUGUAAACGGAUGCUCACAAAUUAUUUUACAAAACCAUUUACAAAUAAAUUGAGAUUAACAAACAAUUCCUUAGUCCCCCCCCCCCCCCCCACACCCUGAUGUGAUAUUGAGUUAAACUAAAUAAUUUACCAAAAAACUAUUUGACAACAUCUUCAAAUUGUUUUAUUCUUUAAGCUUAAGGGAUAGACAGAAAUUGUCUUUAGUUACUCUGAUUAAUUUUUAAAGCACUGGAAUCAUUUUAAAGGGAGUAGAACCUAAAUUAUAUUUUUACCCAAAUUUCAGAUGAUUCAUUAUUAAUAAAUCAGCAUAGGAUCUUAUUAUAAUAUUUGUAAGUGCCCCUUGUUUCUUAAAGAGACACUCUCUUCUAGGGAAUAGUUGUACUGUAUAAUUUAUAAAUAUAGGUCACAAUAAAAGGGUUAUACUAUUGUUAAAACAAUAUUUUGGAUAAUUAUAAUUUUUCUUCUUUCAUUUCUAAAAAUGUGUGUUUUCUCUACUACACCACAGGUUUGCUUUUAUUCCAGUUAUUGAUGGGGAUUAGAUUAGGUGUAGCCAAUCAGAUCUUCAUUAAAGGAUUAUAAAACUGUACACUAAAGAAUGAUUUUAAACAAAUGUAUAUGAUCUGUCAUCGUAUAACAAAUAAAAAGCGCUUACUGUCUCCAAAACGAAGCUUUAAGACAUACAAAACAUUAUAUUUGUUUUGUUCAUAAAUAGGGACCGAAUUAUCAAGUUCCGAAUGGAGCUUGAUGCCCCCGUUUCCGUGGGAGCCUUUAGGCGGAAACAGAAGUUAUGAAGCAGCGGUUCAAAGACCGCUUCUCCAUAACUUGUCCAUCUGCUCUGAGGCCGCGGUCUUCCAUCCACCCGAUCAUAUACGAUCGGGCUGACUGACACCCCCUGCUAGCGGCCAAUCUGCAGGGGGCGGCAUGCGUACUGGAAGCAAGAUGUAGUUGCAUGCGCACCACAUCCUUUGAAGACAACAAUUGCAGAAGUUGGUAAUGGAGUAGCGUGGCUGAUAAGUGUAAUUGGUGCAGCACUGCCCCAUUUUUGCCAAUUGUGGUUGCCUGUCAGUUUUAAUAUUAAAUACAAUUGAAACUCAUUUUAAAAUUUGGCUGGUAUAACUCGUAAUAUAAAUCUGCAUAUAGAGAUUUUUAUUACAGGGAAACUAGAAACACUUAAAUAAAUGAAUUAUAUUUAUUAAAAUAAAAGUUCACAUAAAAGUUUGACAUUAUUAUAUUUUAUAUUUUUUAACGGAUUGCUUGUUAGUCCAGGGGAAAUGCUUACUAUGUGUGUGAGAUACAUACUAUACCUACUCUGCUGCAACUCCGCUUUAAGACACUUGCAAUGAUAACUGUUUUUUGUUUCUCUGCAGCAUUUGUAGAUCUGUGUGUGAUGUAGACUAAUACACCACAGGCUACAAAUGCACAUGCGCAUCGGCGUUGUACGCGCACCAAUCCUAGGUAGAGUAGUGUAAUAGGACUUGUAUAUUGAGUACCACGGUGGGUUUUGAAAUGCAUCACUUUUAUCAUCGAAAUUAUAAGAAAACAACGCCAAAAUGUAUUUGAUUAAAUUUAAGAAUGACAUCAAUCUUUUACAUAGUAACACAGUAGAUGAGUUUGAAAAGAGACAGAAGUCCCGAGGGUUUAACCUAUACAAAUCUAAUAUACUUACAAAAAAGCUCCAGUUGAGCUUAAAUGAAUCACAUUAAAAAACGGUGAACCAUUUAACAAAGGCAAUCAUAUCCCUGAACAUUUUACAUAUGCCUUUAAGGGUAAACUUACAAACUGCAAAGGGGAAAGUACCAACGCUUAUGUAUUCUAAAACCUCACACAAACAUAGAGCAAAGAGAGCAAUCUGUGCAUAUGUCCUAUCACUUUUUAACGACAUUUAACCCCUUGCCUGACUGAGAGGGUAUCAAAGUGUUACUAUGUAGCCCUCACUGGCAGCCAAAGGCAUAAAUAGGGGUUUGUCAUUUUGCAUAUGGAACAGUUAGAGUAGCUAAUACAAUUACAUAAGUGUAACUUAUCUUUAAUAUUGUUUUGCCUUGGCAAUUUAAGAACAGUGAAUUUUGAUAAUGUUGGGAAAUAAUGUAUAGACUGCGUAGCACUUGUGACAGCAGUUUUACCUGUGUUAACACAAGACAUCACAUGAACAUGCUCAACGGGAUCGAUUGUUUUAAGGGUGAAUAGAAAUCUUCAUUACGUUCCCACUAUAGGUCUCCAGUUCUCUCUUCAUUUUUCACCCAAAACAACAAAACUCUAACAUUGUGACCUCCAAUUUAUCUAAAACAAACUCCACAGAUCUAACUUUACAAGAUGAGGAAAACCUUAUUAUAUAGAUUGCAAAUAUUUGCCAGCUAAAAGUAAAUCACACAUCUCCUAAAGUGUAAGAAACCAAAUAGUAUUCUUAUUAAAGAGGUCUCAGAAUAAAUGAAGGUAAAUAUGGAGGUUCAAUACACAUACCAUGUUGGGCGUAAGGCUUGCAGAGAGCGCAUGUGAUUAUUUUAGCAUAUUCAGUGCUUGUCAUAGGUUUUAGAAGUUUUUUAAGUUCUGGUUAAAUCCUUUGAUGGGUGGAAGAAACCGCUUCCCAUGUAUUAUGCUUGCCAAUACAUCUCAUGGUAAAUUCUGCAACCCCAGCAAUAUUGGGAUAGGUAAUCAACCUCACUGAAGGCACAGAGACAUACCAACUGUAGGGAGUGAGCAUAACUGAUUUUGUAGUUCACAAUAUGUUAGAAAAAUGAUGUUUACUUUUGCUGGUUUAAAGUUUAGAUAACUCUGUCAGAAAAUCUCUCUUAAAAUUAUGAUAUUGCUUUGUAAUAUUAGUCCUCAGCUGCCAGAGAGGACUGUGGCACAUUGAGUACAAAUUAAUUUCAGCACUCUCUGGUCGCCAAGACAUGAAUUCUUAUAAGCCUCUAACAUUUUGAUUUGAUAUUAUUUAAAGACUUUACACUAAAUAUGUCCUAUCCAAAACUUGUUAAACUUGUUUCUUAUUCAUAGUUCUGUGGCAAGAGAUCUGUACAAGAAUUGUUGAUAUCAGAUAUUGGGUUUUAUUUGUUCGUUUUUAUACCAAUUUGGACAAACAAACCUAUAGAUUUGGGAAGAUUUUCAUGCACCUAAAGACUUGAAUGGAUGUAAUCGUAAUUUUAGUGGCUGCUUUUAUUAGUUUAAAACAGAAGAUAUCUGUUCAGUUUUAGUAAAUAUUGCUGUUUUAAUUACAUUUAAGUUAACAAACUUACAUUUGUUUAUAGGGAACACAUUUUUUACUGACAAGCUAUAAUCGUACUGUAAACCGAAACAAAUGUAUGCUCCUGCUCAUAGUUACCAAGGUCUACAUUCAUAUAUUCAUUGGUAUUAUUUAACUAUUAUAUUUCAUUUCAAUAGUUUACACAGAAUGUUUUUGUAUGUUGCAUAAUGUGACCACGGUCCUUAAACCUAACAAUUUUGAUACAUAACUUGAAAUGUACAAAAUUAUUUUCAGAUCCAAAUUUCUCUAAAUUUAUGACAGAGUUGUCUUUGCCUUUGAAAUACUGGCAACUGAGAAUCGUCAUCAUUUAAAAGGUAGCAUCUUCUGUAAACUUUGUAUAUGUUGAAGUUUGUGGUAUCGAAAUGUGAAAAACCCAAGCAUAUUUUAUUUUGCAUUGAUGUAUCCAUGUUCUGUGUUCUGAAAUAAAUUUUGACAAUAUUUCAAAUCCA